AGCUGUUUGGCAACCGACGAUCAAACCAAAAGAAGAAAGAAGAAGCGUGAGUGAAAGGCGGAACAAGCGGCCCUACAGGGGGAACAAAGGACCAUUGAGUUAACUAGUAUGGGAAAAGCCUGCUCUCCGUAGCCCAGUCUGCAGCCGCGAUGUCAAAACGACCAUCCUACGCCCCUCCCCCUCCCCCCGCCCCGACAACACAAAUGCCUUCCACCCCGGGGUUUGUGGGCUACAACCCUUACAGCCAUCUGGCCUACAACAACCUCCGGCUGGGAGGGAGCUCCGGAGGCUCCAGCAGGAACUCCUCAGGCAUCACCGUGCCAAAGCCUCCCAAGCCUCCAGACAAGCCACUGAUGCCUUACAUGCGGUACAGCCGGAAGGUAAGCAGGAAGGUAUGGGACCAAGUGAAGGCAUCCAACCCGGACCUGAAGCUGUGGGAGAUUGGAAAGAUUAUCGGAGGGAUGUGGAGGGACCUGACUGACGAGGAGAAACAGGACUACCUGAACGAGUACGAAGCUGAGAAGAUUGAGUAUAACGACUCUUUGAAGGCGUACCACAACUCGCCAGCCUACCUGGCUUACGUCAACGCCAAGAACCGGGCCGAGGCUGCUAUGGAGGAGGAGAGCAGACAGAGGCAGAGUCGUAUGGACAAAGGAGAGCCGUACAUGAGCAUUCAGCCCGCUGAAGACCCUGAUGACUACGACGAUGGUUUUUCAGUGAAGCACACAGCAGCCGCUCGCUUCCAGAGGAACCACCGGCUCAUCAGUGACAUCCUCAGUGAGAUUGUGGUGCCUGAUGUCCGCUCGGUGGUCACUACAGCCCGCAUGCAGGUCCUUAAGAGGCAGGUCCAGUCCCUUAUGGUGCACCAGAGGAAGCUGGAGGCAGAGCUUCUGCAGAUAGAGGAUCGCCACCAAGACAAGAAAAGACGCUUCCUGGAGACCACCGACUCAUUCAACACUGAACUCAAGCGGCUGUGCAGUCAGAAGGUUGAGGUGGACAUGGAGAAGCUAGCAGCAGAGAUGGCUGCUGCUGAAGAGGCGGCCAGGCGGCGGGCGGAGGAAAGAGAGCGCGAGGUGGCCGAGCAGGCAGAGAAAGCUGCUCAGCAGCAGCAGCAGCAGCAGCAGCAGGAGGCUGCUGGAAACAAAGCUGCUGAGCAGAGCAGUGCUAAUGCUAGCAACACAGCUGACCCCAGCUCAGGGACCAAGGAGGAGGACAAGCCCACACCAAUGGAGACAGAUGAGGCGCCGCAUGCAGAGCCCUCCGCAGACCCCCAGCCUGCUCCACCUCCUCCAUCUGACCCCUCCUCUUCUGCCUCUGAUAAAGCGACCCCUCCCCCUGAGCCCCCCAGGGAGAGCAGCACUCCUAUCAGCAGCGCCCCCAGUGAAGACAGCAGCAGCAGCAGCAACAACAGCAUGCCCCCUCCUUCCUCAGAAAGCACCCCCGGAGCGGCAGCCCCAGCAGCCUCCGAACCCCCAGCAGCGCAGGAAGCCAAUCCCAGCGCCGCUAACCCUAAUGCAUCCGCAGCACCUCCACCGCCUCCUGCCUCAGAAGAAGGAGCCCCUCCACCACCACCUCUGCUACCCCCCAGCCAGAGCAACCAACAGUAUGAAAUGUAAUAGUCUGUUAGAUACAGCGGUAGCUAUAGACGUCCUCCCCGUGCUGCCGCUCUCCUGCCUUCCUCCUCUGGAUGGCGUAGCCGCGCUGUAGUUGUGCAGCAGUUGUGGAAGAAGUGGGACUCGUACGGUGGAUCUAAAAACAGAUCUUGUGAAUGAGAAGUGCUGAAUGGGUGAGGGUCUGAUGGUAUGCUCAAUAAAUAAUUAACAUGUAUUUCACACGAGUGAUGUAAGGGGUUCAUCAUCCAGCCUCAUAUAGCUGGACCAAACAAGGCCCUGUAGGUGAAAGUAGGAUUUCCCCUUAAAUCUGCAUAAGUUUCCUUUUAAAUUUACCCAGCAUGCCUGGUUUGAUGUGAGUGAAUGAAUUGAAACGUCACCAAAGAGUACAACAUUUGAUCUGACUGUUUGUGCUCCAGGUACAGUACCAGCCAUUCCUCUUUUCUCAUCAUGUCACUAGUUUUUUUUUUUUUUUUUUAGGAGACAAGUGGUCUGUGUUAACCUCACUGGCUGCUCAGACGUCAUGUACAGGUGUCUUAACUCAACACCUAACCUCACUGUUACCUCUGUCUGCUUCUGUUUAUUUACCAAAAUCUAUCAGUUAAUCCUCAGAUACGUUUCCAGUUGGCGGGGUCCAUUCACAACAUUAGCAUCUAAACUGACCUUUGACCCCGACUAUCUCUGCGUCAAAACAGAUUCUCCAUGGCACUGCAACAAACGAUCAUUUUCAUUAACAAUUAGUCAAUAAAAUGUAAAUGUCUUGAUUUGUUUGACCAACAGAGAUUCAGUUUAAGUUGACAUUUAACAGAGAAAAGCAACAAAGUCUCACAUUUGAGACGGCUGAGUUGCAGAAGAUUUGGAAUUUCACAACUUUUGCUUGAAAAAAUGAUUGAAACCACCAAUCAGCUGUCAAAACAGUUGGUGAUUCACUUCCGAGCUGUAAUUCUACACCACCGCUGCCUCGCUCCCACUGUUUCAAGCUGCGACGAUGUGUUAUUCCAAAUGACGGGUCUUUGACAGGAGGUGCUUGUAGGGAGAAGCCGUGCUGAUGGCUCUUUCAUCCACAUGGUUCAAAUGCAAACCUCUAACAACCCACUGCGUAGACUCUGGAUUGUUGGAUGUGGCGGAAAUGUUUGAAUUCCAUACCUGUGUAGUGCUCAGCGUGGAUGUAUAAACCUUUAAAAUCAGCCCUUCUAUAUAUUUUUUUUUUAAAUGAGACCACAGCUGCAAACUCAAGGGGUUUUAGUACGUCACAUAACUUAAUGUUCAGACUGAAUUGUCUGAAAGCUCAGUGUAUGUUCUAGUGAUAAAGGGCGACCUCGCAUGAAAUAAUAAUAAUCAAAACCAUGAAAGCCCCUUCCCCCCAUUUAAAACCUCAGAUUUUUGUAGUUCAUAAGUUUGUGUGAUUUGCAAAAACUACUACUGUUACUACUACUUUGUUUUUAGAGUGGAACCUUUUUAGAUGAAUACAGUUGAAUUCAGCCUUCGUAUUGACCCUGAACUUCUGACUUACAUGCCGUUUCUAACAUGUUUCAGUUUGACUGGGGGGGGGACUCAUCUUGUGGCAGUGCAGAUGAUUGUUUCCAGGUGUGACGUGAGCAUGGAUGAAGGCACAUUUUAAUUAUUUGCGCACCCACAUUCUGCAUGCUAAAUACUAACCAUAAACCUGCAAGCAUUUGAACACUUACUGAAGUCUUGUUCAAAGAGUUGAGGCUGAGGUAAACUGUUUGAAAUGUAAAAAGUGCGGGGCAAAACACACAAGGUGUGCAAGGAGGGGGGGAAAAAAUGAAAUGAUGGGCAUGUCUCCAAGGUGCUUUUUAAAAUCUGUGGAUGAUAAACUUGACGUGCUGUACUUGAGUGUUUCUUCCCUUGGAUUCGUCACGUUUAUGAAAAAAUAACAGACAUACUCAAUUAGCAGUUAUUCUGUAAGAGCUUCUCUACAAGUUGAGGUUACUUUUUUAAAGACUUUCCUCCUUUAGACUGCAUAUUCCUGUUGACGCCACGAGCAUAAAGUUCAGCAGAGACAUGCACACGCUACCCUCAUCCAAAUGUAACCUCAGUUACUUGUGCAUUUAAAGGACUGUUUUUUUUACUUGAAUUGGACUGUUUGUAGUAAUAUGCCUCUGUUUUUUUGCAUCUUUCUUUUGUACUGUCUGAACUUCUCUAUCCAAAUAAAGAUGAUUUCUCAGUCUUUCAA